AUCAGUAAAUUAUCACAAAAUAAAACUCACAUAAUGUCGGAGUCAGUGAUGUUGUAAUGAAUGUUUGUCAGUCAUGUCCCUUGCAAACUCGCAGAUUUUUACGAACGAUGCUCGAAAGGACGAUGCUGUUUCGUCUAAGGUCCGUUCUCUACAGCAAGUCAUUCGUUUAACUCAAGAAAAUUUGGAAGAACUCGAUCGGCAUUUUAAAGGUGUUAGGCAUCCUCCAUCAAUGUUUUUGGAGGAAUAUGAAGGACUACAAACUAAAUUAUCACAGUUGCAAUUUAAAAAAAAGGAACUAUUGGAAUCUGGAACACCAUCGAGCAAUGACAACCAUUCAUUAGUCACCGAACCUGAAAGUACUCUUACUUGCACAACACCAACAUCGUCCAGCUCGAGAGCCAGUUCAACAACUUGUGAUGUACCUGGUUCACCUGUCACCCAUGAUUAUGUUCGAGUCUAUCUUCCAAAUAAACAACGAACUGCUAUCAAAUACAAGCCGGGAACAACGAUUGAAAAAGCUCUCAGCAAGGGUAUGUUGAUGCGAGGCUUGUCCACAGAUAUGUGUUAUGUUGUACGUAUCUCAAAGCAGGGGAGCGUCAGGGAAGAGUUAUCUUGGAGUACUGAUCUAUCCAAUUUAAACGAAGGUGACGAGAUUUCCGUGGAGAAACGUGGGAAUAUUCCUAUAUCCAGCAGCAUAUCUCAUAAUUUUAUACGCAAGACAUUUUUUACCUUGGCUUUCUGUGAUUCGUGUCGUAAACUCCUAUUCCAAGGAUUUCGGUGUCAGAUAUGUGGCUACCGUUUUCACCAGAGAUGUGCGUUAAAUGUACCGUCAAUUUGUUUAGCUGUUCAAACAGAGAAAGUAUAUGAAUUUCUUGUAAAUAUUAACAAUCGCGAUGACGAAACCAACUUUCACGAAAACGGUAACACGGAAAGCUUAAUUUCGAGGGAGAGGUCUAUAUCGGCACCGAAUGUUCAUAAAAUCAGCUUACAAGAGGGUGGUUUUAAGUAUCCGAAAGACGCAUCAGCCACAAUGUCAGGUGCAUCGCCAUUGGGAGUUGAAAAGCGUAUGACGGGCUUAAAAAGCGUCGGGUCUCCUCCCCCUGUAUAUAAUGUCUUUGAUGAUAGAAGGGAUUUUGAAAGAAGAGAGCUCAUGGACGAUGGUCGUUUACGACCUCAAAGUCGCGUUUUACCUGAACGACCGAUGACUCCUAAUCUCGGCGCUAAUCGUGCUCACUAUCGCUUUAAACAACGUGCAAAAUCCUCGUCUGAAAUCAAGGAGCAACGUCAACGUCAUAAUUCUAAUGAUGAUUGGGAAAUCCCCGAAGAAGAAGUUGAAAUGGGUGAGAGGAUAGGAUCUGGAUCCUACGGAACUGUUUUCAAAGCACAAUGGCAUGGAACAGUUGCCGUGAAGCGAUUGAAUAUAACAGAGCCGACUCCAGCCCAGCUUCAAGCUUUUAAGAAUGAAGUUGCCGUGUUAAGGAAAACGAGACACAUCAACGUGCUGCUAUUUAUGGGCUGCAUAUCAAAACCGUCUCUGGCAAUCGUCACUCAAUGGUGCGAAGGUUCCACGUUAUAUCGUCAUCUUCACGUAAACGAAUCGAAAUUUGAAAUUUUACAACUCCUGGACAUAGGUCGUCAAAUAGCUCAAGGCAUGGAUUAUCUUCACGCUAAAUCAAUUAUUCAUCGAGAUUUGAAGUCAAACAAUAUUUUUUUGCAAGAAGAUUUGACUGUAAAAAUCGGUGACUUUGGUUUGGCGACAAUUAAGUCAAGAUGGAGUGGACAGAAUUUUGAGCAACCUUCAGGUUCAAUAUUAUGGAUGGCGCCUGAAAUAAUUCGGAUGAAGGACUCACAUCCUUACUCGAACAAAUCUGAUGUUUACGCCUAUGGGAUCGUGCUAUAUGAGUUGACAUCUCGAACACUUCCGUACUCUAACAUUGGUAACAAAGACCAGAUAUUGUACAUGGUUGGGAGAGGAUUUUUGAGAGUUGAUCUUAACAAGAUUCGAUCAGAUUGUCCGAAAUCCUUGAAGCGAUUGCUAAUGGAUUGCAUCAAUUUCCAUAGAGACGAGCGGCCUUUAUUUCAACAGAUUCUUGCCGAGAUGGACUCGUUGAUUCAGUCGCUUCCGAAAAUUCACCGCAGUACGUCCGAGCCAGUAUCUUUAAACAGAACUCGUUUCUCAUCCGAAGAUGGAGUGUUUAUGAGUAAUGGCUCACCGGAUACUCCAAUACAUAGUCCCUAUGUUGGUAGUUCAUUUCCAUUUUUUCAAAACAUGAAUGUUAAUUCCCAUUAUUGAUCAUUUGCCCGGAGAAAGUGCACAAGACAUCACAGCGAAGAUGUGAAGAAUGUUAUCUCUUCCGAUGAAGAAUCUGAAAAUAGAUUCAUUUUGUUGUCGGUUGAUGAUCAUUACUGUCAACGACAUGAAAGCAUGAAUCUCAAAUCGAUAUCUUCAUUGCAUUGAUAUCAGUCAACAUGUUAGUUCCGUGGUAAAUUGAUUGGAAUGAACGUAGGGCAUAGAUAAUUUCCCGUAUCAAUGGCAAAGACGGAGCUGUAAACGAUCUUUUGAAAUAUUGGAAAUAGGUGAUUUUUAACUCUUCUUACUUAGCAAUUUAUUUCUUAGCACGACAUCUACAUUAAUUUUUAAUCAAAAACGGCAUUCUGUGGAAGUGCUUUUAGUGUGGAAAAGAUUUAUAGUUUUGAAGCAUUUCUCCAAAGCGUUUGACGCAAGAAUGUGACAAUCUUCUCUUUAACUUAACUUUUCCUAAAAGUCUUUCGUCUGUAUUGUGUAUGAUAAAUAAGAAAAGUGGUUGAGACUGAAA